CACACUCCAAGUUUAACCCCGAGCACGACCUCUGGAUGGAACUCUUAUUUUGUUCCCUGACUCAUUAAUUUCUAAUCCCCAACUGACGAGCUUCUUUAUAAGUAGCCGUUGUCCAUUCAUUCGCACACAUUUGAUUUAUUCAAAAUGUCUUCAAGGUAUUCCUUACGUGCAACUCCUAGGAAAAAGGAGCUGUUUGACGGUAUGGUCGAGACUCCUGGCCGCCGCGCGACGCGACGUAAAUCUCAGUUCCCCCCUAUUGCGGACGGCGCGUCCGACGACGGCGACUCUAGCUCUGCUGCCGAAACAACUAGAUCUACUAGGUCCACAUCUGUACGGCGUCGGGGAGUUGGCAAAUUUAUCGAGCACAUGGACGAUUCGGAUACCGCGUCAAAAGAGGAGUUCAGUCCUGUCGCUAAGGAGAAGCUUUCUACUGUCAUGAAUGGCAACGGCAACGGCAAAGCCGAUAUCAAAUCAGAGCCGGUAGAGAAUGGUCAUACUAAUGGAUAUACGAAUGGACAUACGAAUGGACAUGUCAACGGGUACGCUAAGGAUAAAGUCGUUGACGGUUGGAAGCCGGGCACGGAUCCCAAGAUCGAUCACUCCGGCGUCUUCGAGUUCGGAGGUAGCCUCGGUACUUUAGCCCUCAUGAUUGUAUUUCCGACUCUCAUGUGGUAUAUGUGGAUUGGCGCAACUUAUUAUGAUGGCAAACCUCCGCUGCCGCUCGAAGGGGAGUCUAUUGCUGACUUCGGCUGGCGCAUGUGGAAUCACGUCUACACGGGCGCUUUCCCUCACCUGCGCGCAUGGAGAAUCUACUGGACCUACAUUAUCUUCGAGGCCGCUUGCUACUGUCUUCUACCUGGCGUCUGGGGUUAUGGAAAGCCUCUUCCCUUCGAGGGAGGCAAGCAGCUUCGGUAUUACUGUUCGGCGUAUGCUAGUUUCUACUUCACCAUCGUUGUGAUAGGCGUGCUGCACUUUACUGGUCUGUUUAAGAUUAAUACCCUUUUGGAUGAGUUCGGUCCUCUCCUGUCCGUCGCUAUCCUAUCUGGUUUCCUGGUUGCUAUUGUCGCAUACUUCUCCGCGUUGAUUCGAGGUGCCCAACACCGAAUGACUGGCUACCCCAUCUACGACUUCUUCAUGGGAGCCGAGCUGAACCCGCGCAUGUUCGGAAUCCUCGACUUCAAGAUGUUCUACGAAGUGCGCAUUCCCUGGUAUAUCCUGUUUGGACUAACCUGCGCGGCUGCGGCUCGGCAAUACGAGAACUACGGCUACGUCUCGGGUGAAGUAUGGUUCCUGCUUAUGGCUCACUAUCUCUACGCCAACGCUUGCUCCAAGGGCGAGCAACUCAUCAUUACUACCUGGGAUAUGUACUACGAGAAGUGGGGUUUCAUGCUGAUCUUCUGGAACAUGGCUGGUGUCCCUCUCUCAUACUGCCACUGCACCCUCUACCUGGCUAGCCAUCACCCGUCGGAAUACGCCUGGAAUAAAUACGCCUUAGCUGCGUUCUUCAUCCUCUAUAUUUCCGUGUACAUCAUCUGGGACCAAGCCAACGGGCAGAAGAACGCCUUCCGGACCCAGGAGCGCGGCAAUCUCCAGAAGCGCUAUGCCUUCCCCCCGCUCCCAUGGAUCUACAUUGAUAACCCCAAAACUAUCGACACGCAGACCGGUGAUAAGCUGCUUGUUGAUGGUUGGUACGGAUAUGCGCGCAAGCUGCAUUACACCUGUGAUGCGUUCUUCGCCAUCAGCUGGGGCCUGAUCACGGGGUUCAACAGCCCCUUUCCUUGGUUCUACCCGUUCUUCUUCUGCUGCAUGAUCACGCAUCGUGCCCACAGGGAUAUCGCACGUUGUAGGACGAAGUAUGGUGAUGCGUGGAAGGAAUAUGAGAGACAAGUACCGUACCUGUUCAUUCCGUACGUCAUUUAAUCUUUUGAAAGUCGACGUUCGGUGAACAUACGUCAUUCAACUUAUCAGAUUCUAUCCCUAGACGACCUAUAGGCAUAUAGAGCUCAUACCCGCUAGCAGUUCUUUUACUUGUAUAUACUUGAGAUUGCCCCCCCCUACGACUUUUUAAAAAUCGGCUGCAAGCCAGCUAGCAAGAGAAGCAUGAUUGAUGGUGAUGGGAGCAUGCUGCGAAUGAAUAAGGCCGGA